AUGACAGAAUUUUGGCUUAUAUCAGCUCCUGGGGAGAAAACAUGUCAGCAAACAUGGGAGAAGUUACACUCAGCAACAUCCAGAAUUCAUAAUCUUUCUCAUAAUUCAAAGUUCAACAUUCCUGAAUUAAAGGUUGGCACAUUGGAUGUUUUAGUUGGAUUAUCAGAUGAGUUGGCCAAACUGGAUGCAUUUGUGGAGGGAGUUGUUAAGAAAGUGGCCCAAUAUAUGGCUGAUGUAUUAGAGGAUAGUAGUGAUAAAGUUCAAGAAAAUCUGUUAGCUAAUGGAGUUGACUUGGUUACAUAUAUAACCAGGUUCCAAUGGGAUAUGGCCAAGUAUCCAAUCAAGCAGUCCCUAAAAAAUAUUUCUGAAAUAAUUGGCAAGGGAGUAAAUCAAAUUGACAAUGACUUGAAAGCCGGAGCAUCUGCAUAUAAUAAUCUGAAAGGCAGUCUUCAGAAUUUGGAAAGAAAGAAUGCGGGAAGUUUAUUAACUAGAAGCCUAGCAGAAAUUGUAAAGAAAGAUGACUUUGUCCUUGAUUCAGAAUAUCUCAUCACAUUACUGGUGGUAGUUCCAAAGUUAAACCACAAGGACUGGGUUAAGCAAUAUGAGACAUUGGCUGAGAUGGUAGUCCCAAGGUCUAGCAAAGUUCUUUCAGAGGACCAAGAUAGUUACCUGUGCAAUGUUACCUUGUUUAGAAAAGCAGUGGAUGACUUCAGACAUAAAGCCAGAGAGAACAAAUUCAUUGUUCGUGAUUUUCAGUAUAAUGAAGAGGAGAUGAAAGCUGACAAAGAAGAGUUGACCAGGCUCUCCACUGACAAGAAGAAACAGUUUGGAUCUCUAGUACGAUGGCUGAAAGUGAAUUUCAGUGAAGCUUUCAUUGCAUGGAUUCAUGUGAAAGCAUUAAGAGUUUUUGUUGAGUCUGUCUUAAGAUAUGGAUUGCCAGUGAACUUCCAGGCAAUGUUACUUCAACCCAACAGGAAAAACAUGAAGAAACUGAGAGAAGUAUUGUAUGAUUUGUAUAAACACCUGGACAGUAGUGCAGCAGCUAUUAUUGAUGCUCCUAUGGAUAUUCCAGGCUUAAAUCUCAGUCAACAGGAAUAUUAUCCCUAUGUGUACUACAAGAUUGAUUGCAACCUAUUGGAAUUCAAGUAA